CAUAGUUUUACGCAAGAACUGUGACAGAGUUGUUCUUAUUUUUACUUUGUUGACGUGGUUUUGUGGAAAUUGCAUUUCUGCUAAUAUGAACUCGUCAACUAAAGUGCAUUACGCUCCGCAUAAAACUAAAUGUGGCGACACAGGUUCUGUAUGGUUUAAUUUUUUGAUAGCUGACAACGGUGAGCCUACAGCAAAAUGCAAAACUUGUGAUAAAGUUUUAAAAACGAAUGGAGGUUCUACAAAAGGACUUUUAGUGCAUUUACAAACCCACAACAUUAUAAAAGAAGCAGAAAGAGAUUCUCAAACAAAAUGCAAGAUACCUCACUAUUUCUCUGUUAAGAAUGAAGAUACCUUUAUGGCCGCGGUGGCAAGACUGACAGCACUUGAUGGAUUGCCAUUUUCAAAGUUCAUAACAUCAGAAGAAUUGCGUAAGUCACUUAAGGCAUGUGGCUUUAACGUACCCAAAUCUGCGGAAAGCAUCAAACAACAAAUGAUGGAAUUCUUUUUCAAAUGUCGUCAAAACGUUGUAGAAGAAAUCACGGCCUUGAAAGAUAUGGGUAAAAAGUUCAGUUUGGUAUUCGACGAGUGGACAUCAACAGCUAAUAAAAGAUACCUUAAUAUCAUUGUUCAUGGGAAAAACAAAUUUUUCAAUAUUAGUCUUGUUCGGUUGAAAAAUUCUGCCACUGCCGCUGCUUGCCUAGAUGCUUUAACAGAAAGGCUUAACGCAUUUAAUUUAUCGCUGUCAACCGAUAUUGUUGCUAUUACGACCGAUGGUGCAAGUGCCAUGGUUAAGCUUGGAAAGAAUAUUCCACCAACACAUCAGCUUUGUUUUGCCCACACAAUUCAAUUGGCGGUUAUCGACGUAUUUUACAAGAAACCGAUCUUGGAUACCCCAGCUUUAGUUGUGUUCGAGACAGACAGUGAUGAGGAGGUUGACUUUUAUGAUGGAAUUGCAGUAUGCCAAGACAGGGGAUUUUCCGAAUUUUCCGAAAAUUGUAACAUUAAAAGAACAAUAGAACAAGUAAGAAAAAUUGUCCGUAUAUUUAGAAAAACGCCUACAAAAACGGAUAUUCUUCAAAAAUAUGUUCGUUACGAUCACGGAAAAGAACUGAACUAAUUCUUGACUGUAAAACAAGAUGAUGCAGCUUACUUGCUAUGCUUGAACGCUUUCUCUUGCUCGAAACUUCUAUUAAAAAAGCACUUUUUGACCUCAAAAUUAACCCAGUUAGUGAUAAUGAUUUUAGAGUGAUUCGAAGUGUGGUUCAGGUUUUAAAACCAGUCCAAAUGACAGUCGAGGCAUUAUGACGAAGUGACAUGAAUUUGUGUAAGGCGGAUGUGGCAAUAGUGUUUAUGUUAAAGGAAAUUUCGAAAACGGAUUCCGUUUUUAGCAAACAGCUUUUAAAUGCACUUAAACUUCGCAUCGCUGAACGAAGGACACCGUAUUCGACUGUUCUCAAUUUUUUAACUAAUCCAGCCAUGAAAUCUGAGCUCGACGAAGAGGAUUCUUUCAGGGUUUCUGAAAUUAAAAAUCAAAUUUUGCAGCUUAUAAAAAAACUAGCUACCGAACCAUUUGAUAGUGAGUCAGUCGAGGGGUGUUUUAUAGACGAUAGGGAUAGUUCAGGAGAGUGUUUGGAAGCAAAAUUAAAUAAAGCUUUAGAAAGUUGCAGUAGCCCACCAAGAUCCCAAAAAUCCGUAGCCAUUCAAGGGUUAGAUGACAUCCUUACUGGAGAAAUCGACUUAUUUAUGCACGGGGGUUCGCGUGGAACGUACCUGCAAAUGGCAUACGACUUUUUACUAACUAUUUCGCCAACCAGUGUAGAGUCAGAAAGAUGUUUUUCCUCAGCUGGUUACUCUUGCAACAAAAUACGAUCUAGUCUCGCUGACAAUACACUAGAUGCUUUAAUUUUUCUGAAGUACCAUCUUAAGAAUUAAAAUAGCUCUAAUAUUCCCAGCCCUAGCCACCAAAUUAAUGUAAACGACACCAUCCGUAAAUUUUAUUCUUUGAUGAAGUAUUAUUUUUUAUUUUUUAUGCAAUUUGUUUUAUGCUUUGUUGAAUAAAAGUAUUUAUAAGACAUAUGAAAUAUCAUGUGAUGCAAUAUGUGUAAAUACAUUUGUGAUGUAAACAAUCUAUCUUCAUGCUUUAGUUUUAUACGGAAAUUGUUGUUUUAUGAAAUAAAAUAAUUUGUUU